CGGAGGAUGUGGGGGCGUGGAGCUGGGAGGCCGGGGGCGGGCUAGGCCUGGGGAGGACCGGUCCCAGGACCCGCAGAGGGUUCCACGCCUGGCCUUCAGUAGGGGUCAAGACGCAGGCACCUACGGCAAAGGGGAGCAAAGCCGGGCUCGGCCCGAGGCCCCCAGGACCUCCAUCUCCCAAUGCCGGAGUUCCCUCCCAGGAAUCCACCACGUGAUGGUCGGUCCGCUGUCUCUGACUCUAGGACCCCGCUAAGCGCCAUGGCUCCCAAGAAGCCCCGCUGCCUUCCCUCCCUGCUGCUGCCGCUCCUGACGCUGCUGCUGCCCCAGGCAGACACUCGGUCGUUCGUAGUGGAUCGGGAUCAUGACAGAUUUCUCCUGGACGGGGUCCCGUUCCGCUACGUGUCUGGCAGCCUCCACUACUUUCGGGUACCGAGGGUGCUUUGGGCAGACCGGCUUUUCAAGAUGCGAAUGAGUGGCCUCAACACCGUGCAGUUUUAUGUGCCCUGGAACUACCAUGAACCAGAGCCUGGGGUCUAUAACUUUCAUGGCAGCCGAGACCUCAUUGCAUUUCUAAAUGAGGCAGCUAUAGCGAACCUGUUGGUCAUACUGAGACCAGGACCUUACAUCUGUGCAGAGUGGGAGAUGGGGGGUCUCCCAGCCUGGUUGCUUCGAAAACCUAAAAUUCAUCUGAGAACCUCAGAUCCAGACUUCCUUGCCGCAGUGGACUCCUGGUUCAAGGUCUUGCUGCCCAAGAUAUAUCCAUGGCUCUACCACAAUGGGGGCAACAUCAUUAGCAUUCAGGUGGAGAAUGAAUAUGGUAGCUACAGGGCCUGUGACUUCAGCUACAUGAGGCACCUGGCUGGGCUCUUCCGUGCGCUGCUAGGAGACAAGAUCUUGCUGUUCACCACAGAUGGGCCUGAAGGACUCAAGUGUGGCUCCCUCCAGGGACUCUAUACCACUGUAGACUUCGGCCCAGGUCUCCUGAGCAAGGGUGAGGAGUGGAGUUGGGGAACGGGCCCCUCUUCUAUGAUGUUUAUCUUUCACCUUUGCCUCCUUUCUGCAGCUGACAACAUGACCAAAAUCUUUGCCCGGCUUCGGAAGUAUGAACCCCAUGGACCACUGGUGAACUCCGAGUACUACACAGGCUGGCUGGAUUACUGGGGCCAGAACCACUCCACACGGUCCAUUCCAUCUGUAACCAAAGGACUAGAGAAAAUGCUGAAGCUGGGAGCCAGUGUGAACAUGUACAUGUUCCACGGAGGUACCAACUUUGGAUACUGGAAUGGUGCUGAUGAGAAGGGACGCUUUCUUCCAAUUACUACCAGCUAUGACUAUGAUGCACCCAUAUCUGAAGCAGGGGACCCCACACCUAAGCUUUUUGCUCUUCGAGAUGUCAUCAGCAAGUUCCAGGAAAUUCCCUUGGGACCUUUACCUCCCCCCAGCCCCAAGAUGAUGCUCGGACCUUUGACAUUGCACCUGGAUGGGGAUUUGCUGGAUUUCCUAAACUUCCUGUGCCCUCAAGGGCCCAUCCAUUCAAUCUUGCCAAUGACCUUUGAGGCUGUCAAGCAGGACCAUGGCUUUAUGUUGUACCGGACCUUCCUGAGCUAUACUGUUUCUAAGCCAACACGAUUCUGGGUGCCAAACAACAGAGUCCAUGACCGUGCCUACGUGAUGGUGGAUGGGGUGUUUCAUGGUGUUUUGGAACGAAACAUGAAACACAAAUUAUUUGUGAUGGGGCAAGUGGGGGCCAAACUGGACGUCUUGCUGGAGAGCAUGGGGAGGCUCAGUUUCGGGUCUAACAGCAGUGACUUCAAGGGCCUCUUAGAGCCACCAGUUCUGGGGCAAACAGUCCUUACCGAGUGGCUGAUGUUCCCUCUGAAAGUUGAUAAGCUUGUAAAGUGGUGGUUUCCGCUCCAGCUGCUGAAAAAGUCACGUCCUCAAAAUCCCUCUGGCCCCACCUUCUACUCCACAACGUUUCCAAUUUUAGGCUCAAGUGGGGACACAUUUCUCUACCUACCUGGAUGGACCAAGGGCCAAGUCUGGAUCAAUGGGUUUAACUUAGGCCGCUACUGGACAAAGCGGGGGCCACAACAGACCCUUUAUGUGCCAAGACCCCUGCUGUACCCUAGGGGAGCCCUCAACAAAAUCACGUUGCUGGAGCUAGAAAAUGCGCCUCCCCAGCCCCAAAUCCAGUUCCUGGAUAGGCCCAUCCUCAACAGCACCUUGCAUAGGACAUACAUCUAUUCCCUCACAGCUGAUGUACAAAGUACCCCUGAGCCAAUGGAGUUAAGUGGGCACUGAAAGAAAGGUAACCCUUGGACCUGGGACAUGGAGGGGGCAGGAUGCCUUGGUGCUGGCCACAGUGACCACAUGGAACCACAGGCCACAGGCCUGAAUGUAAGUUCAAGGGCAGUUUCCAUGCCAAACUUUAUUGUGAUUAAAGUUCCAGAGAUGGUCCCACCUCCA